AUGCCGAAAAUGUUCAUUUUCCUCUUUCCUCUUCUCUUCCUUCUAAUCGACGCCUCCACUGAUUGCUCCCAACCAAACGCCUGCUACGGACUACCCGCCAACUGCCAACCCGACACAAAUUGCCAUGUGUUUUUCCGUUUCGAUGCUCAAGGAAAUCUGGAUGUUCAUCUGAAUGACGUCAUCGAUCCGAUGGAUUAUGUAGCCAUGACUGUGAAAGAUUUGCCGUCUCCGCUUCUGUCAGAAUAUCUCAUCUGUAUUCCUCAUCAACGGCAACGUAUUCGAGGAUACGCCUACAGAGGAGACCCGAUUCACAUUACAGAGCACAUGGCUCCCUACGUUCGUCAACGAUCCGCCACCUCAUUCGUCUGCGCUUUCCUUGCCAAUGAACUUCCCGACGACUUCCAGAAUUCCGACGUUUUCUCAGUUUCAGAAGGCAUCUAUUCUGACGAUUUGGUGAUUCCAACAUCGAAAUUUCUUUUUAAAUCAGAGCAAGUGUUCUCACACCCAAUCGCUGCUCGUUUUAGAGAUUCUGAAAAUUCCGAUUUUUUGUCUCCAGAUGAGAAAAAGAAGACGUCGGAUCUUCUACAAAAAAUGAGACGGAUUUCUGGAGACGAUGACGAUGAAGAGGAGAAUGAUGACGUGGAGGAUUCGGAUGAUUUGGAGGGUUUGAUGGAUAAGAAGUACAGUACUAGAAGACGUGAGGAGGAGAAUAAGAAGAAGAAGGAGGUCAGAAGACGUCCGAAGAAGGAGGAAGAAGAGGAAGAGAAUUCUGAAGACGUGGAGGAUUCUGAAUCGCCACGUAAGAAGAAGAAGCCAACAUCUAGAAGAGGUCGUCCGUCGAGAUAUGAGAAGGAUGAAGAAGAGGAGGAGGAGGAGUUUGAUCCGAUGGAAGAAGGAGACGUUCCGAAAAGAAGACGUCCAACAUCUCGACGUGGCAAUUCUGAAGACAACGAUGAAAAAGAGGAAGAAAAGCCAAAAAAGAAAACGACGAAAAAAGAAAACCGAAAAAAGAAGGAUUCAGAUGAGGACGACGACGACUACUAUGACAAAAAAGAUAAUGGAGAUGACGAUAAGGACAAUGGUUCCAUCAGUCUUCACCACACAACUGCAACUCUUUGCUCCUCUCUAAUUGCGCUUUGGAUAAUUGCUCACUAA